AUUGAGCAUGGCGAACUUCUGAAAGUUUGUGACAGUUGUCCAAAACAAACUUAUUAUAUUUCUAUAACAGCAAUAAUGAGAUUAUUUUCACGUUACAAGAGGCUUAAGUUGAGGAGUAUCGCUGUAAUUGCAGUAGCGGCUAUUGCAUUAUAUUACAUCUACAGCAACUGGUAUGCGUUCACGAGUUGGGAGACGCCGGACGAAUUAUUCUCUCUUCGGAAAAAGCGAUAUGUGGAGUAUCAGAACGGUGAACUUAAGCGGACUGGGCCGGGCGAAUUAGGAGAAGGUGUUAUGUUGGAAGGAGAAGAAAAAGCAAAAGCGGAAAAACUCAUGACAAAAGAAGCGUUUAAUAUAGUUGCAAGCGAUAAGAUAGCCCUCGAUAGGGGACUGAAGGAUGUGAGAGACCCAGAAUGUAGGACAUUAACACAUCCAAAGGUACUACCUACUGCCAGUGUUGUGAUCAUAUUCCACAAUGAGGCCUGGUCACCCUUAAUACGCACUGUCCACAGUGUUGUGAACAGGUCGCCACCAGAGUACCUCCACGAAGUGAUUCUCCUCGACGACUUCAGUGACAGGGCCGGUCUGGGCCAGGAGCUAGUGGACUUUGUCUCCAAGACGUGGCCUGACGGUGUGGUUCGGAUUGUCCGCACCAAGGAGCGAAGUGGACUGAUUCGGGCCAGGAUUGCAGGGGCUAAGGCUGCAACUGGUGACGUGCUCAUUUUCCUUGAUUCCCAUUGCGAGGCCAGUCCUGGAUGGCUGGAGCCGUUGUUGGCCCGCAUCAAGGAGGACCGCACUGCCGUGUUGUGUCCAGAGAUCGACAGCAUUGAUAAGGACACUCUUCAGUACGGGAGCACAGGAAGCUUCUCAGUGGGGGGGUUCUGGUGGAGUCUGCACUUCUCCUGGAGACCCAUCCCCCAGAGGGAGCGGGAACGCAGGAAAUCUAACGUCGACCCCAUAAGGUCUCCAACAAUGGCAGGAGGAUUGUUUGCUGCUGACAGAAAGUACUUUUUUGAAAUUGGAUCAUAUGACCCUGGAAUGGAGGUUUGGGGAGGAGAAAAUUUGGAAAUAUCAUUUAGAAUCUGGAUGUGUGGUGGCAAACUAGAGUUUAUUCCGUGUUCACGAGUGGGGCAUAUAUUCCGGUCCAGCCAUCCCUACACAUUCCCUGGCAACAAGGACACUCACGGCCUCAACUCCAUGAGACUUGCCGAGGUAUGGAUGGAUGGAUACAAGCGCCUCUACUACACACACAGGAGAGAACUGCUGGGCAAGGACCAUGGCGACAUCUCGGAGAGAAAGGCUUUGAGGGAGAAGCUCCAGUGUAAAAGUUUCAAGUGGUACCUGGACAAUGUUUACCCUGAAAAGUUCAUUCCUGACGAGAAUGUGAAGGCUUGGGGAAUGGUGAGGAAUCCGUCCAGCAAUCUCUGCCUCGACACAUUACAGAAAGACGAGAAGUCCUCCUUCGACAUGGGACUAUUCUCUUGUCAGAAUGGUGUCAGUGCAAAUCAAAUCCUGUCAAUCAGCAUGAAAGACGAGCUUCGCCGGGAGGAGGGCUGCUUGUUGUCCAGCGGCGUCGCGGGGCAGGCAGUCCGACUCACGGGAUGUACCGGGAACCCUGAGACCCUGAAGUGGAAACACAAUAAGAAGGACGGGACAAUCAUCCACGUCAAGUCAGGCAUGUGUCUAGACAAGGCCAAACUAAAAAAUGACGACGCUGUCAUUGUCAACGCUUGCAACGGAGACGAUUCACAGAAAUGGACAUUUGAACAUUACCUUGAAAAGUAACAACAUGAAGAUUACCAUCCUCGCCAUUUCUCAUUAACUUAUUGGAAGUUGUACUGAAUGAAGUAAAGAGUGCUCCAGGCCUCCCCCCCCAUGACAACCAGACCACUGGAUGAACUGUUGUGAUACUGCUGACAGUGGACUUCUUGCUGCACAAUAUGUUUUGUUGUGUGUCAUCAAGUCUUCUGCCCAUUUCUGGUGUCCCCCGCCUUGAUAUUGCUGGAAUAUUGCUAAAAGCGGCGUAAAACCAUUCUCACUCACUCACUCACUCAUAAAGUCUUUAAACACAUCACCACUGUGCAGCUCAGAAUUGGAACGUUUGUGACACUGUUUUAUACAAAUUACCAGCAAUCAUUUAAUAUCAACAGCAAUACAUUUACAGACCAGAAGAAAUGUUCACCUUGCUAUGUGA